AUUUCCAUCCUUCUUAUGUCAAUCGGUUUCGUGGUGAUCAUAACGAAUAGUGUUUAUCUUCCUACUUAUCUAUCAUUUGGCACACUGAACCCGGACGAAAACUGUAUGGAAAGCAAAGAUAAAGAACAACUUUAUGAGCCCAUCUUACUUCACUUUGGAGAAAAUCAGGUUCCAAAAGAAGUACAAAAAGAAGCUUGGAGUGCUUGUGACGCUUUGGUUCGGAAGUUUAAAGAGUGUUCAAAGAAGCGAACUUUUUCUGUUUCUUGGGCUUGUCAAGAACAACUACAAGAUAUGACCGAGUGUAUUUAUCAGUAUGAAACGGACGAGAACAAUAUUCGCAAGGCACGUUGGAAAGUAGCCAAGGAACAUCCGACUGCGGUAAAAGGAUAUAGGAAAGUAAAAACAAAUACUUCCAAGGCUUCUUGAAAAAGUAUCACAAGGCUGUUAUAUUGUGUUGAGACAACGAACUUGUUGAAAAAGAAUAUACUCAUAGAGAAAAAUAGGUAGUUUACUCUCGUAUCGAGGGCAAAUAUCAUUCCUGUAAAAUGGCUUGCUUCGAAACAUAGUUAUACUUGUCAUUCCUCUUUCAAAUAGACUUUUUGC